AUGGUUGGGUCCCACUGGUACAGGGGGUACAGGCUGAACCCAGAAACCAUUGCCAUGAGCAGGGUGGACAUUGGGGUGCUGCCUGUGACACCCCCAGGGUGGCUGGGGACACAGGAAUGCUGCAGCUUGCUCUGCACAAACUAUGCCAGGACCAGGAUCUCACCCCCUGUUCUGGACGCCCGUGAUAUGCCAAGAAAGGAGCUUGGGCUGGGCAUGGCUGGCUGUGACUCCGGCAGCUGUGACAGCAUGGUCAGCACAGCCUCCAACCACUCACAGCGGAGUGAUAACAGUUACGACUACUUAUCUGUGGAAGAGAAAGAGUGUUUGAUGUUCUUAGAAGAAACCAUUGGCUCGCUGGAUGCGGAAGCAGACAGCGGGGUCUCUACCGAUGAGACCAACAACACGGAGCCCUCCAGGCUGCCCAGGACCUGGCCCAAGAGAGAUCCCACUCCCCGGGAUAUGGGAAAUGGCGCUUCCCAUCCUAGCAUAGGCCAGCAGCGUGCAGCUGAACAGAAGAGUGGUAAGAGCAUCCCCACCUUCCCUAGCUCAGCUCCGGCAUCAGUCCCAAGCCCAGGCUAUUUCAGUCUCCCCAGAAGCAUCACUGCAGCAAGUGCACAAAGAGCAAAUGGAGCUGCUGACAGCAAAGCUGUUGCUCACACGGUGAAGGACACGGUGCCAGCAGGUAAAUCUUCACAGGAGAUAGUGAAGGAGGACAGGCUUGACCAAGCCAAUGCGAGAAGCCAGAUUAAGUCCCUGGGAUCUUUGAUUAUCCAGCCUCCAGAUCCCUUCCAGGAUGACCUGGUGAGCCACGAGUGGUCACGUAGCGAUCACUCUGAUGCCAAGAGGGAAACAGCCAAGGAGACAAAGACGUGGGCUUCUUGGGGCCAGCCAGAGAAAUCCAUGUUGGAAGAGGCCCCUCAGGACUCAAAUGUCAAGCGCGGGCCUCCAACUGCCCCCAAACCACGAAAAUUGCCACCAAAUAUUAUCCUGAAAACCAGCAAAAACAGCCCAGUGCCGCUCACCACAGAGCCUGGCCAGAAGGUAAAAGUACCUCCACCCUCAGCCAGCUCUCAGCACGGCUCUGCCAGUGAUGCUGCUGCCGAAAAGGCAAAUUCGGGGCACCUUGACCCCAAGGAGAGGGAGAAAGCCCAUCGGGAGGCAUUGGAGAAGCUUGGACUAUCACAGGACAGGAGGGAGCAACCUACCACACACCCUCACCCAAGGGAAAUGCCACUCCGCUUCCCCAGAGAGCCCGAGGCGUGCUGUGGGGCAGUGGAGAGGUCAGUGCCAGGAAUCCGGCAGAUGAACUUCAAAUCCAACACCCUGGAGCGCUCUGGCGUGGGGCUGAGCAGCUACAUGGCCAGCACCAAGGAGCAGAGCGUCAAGACCAGCAGCUCCCUGGGCAAGAUGUCCUUCAUUGAGCGGCUCGCUCCGAGCUUCCUCAAGAGCAGCCGCCCCCGGCCGGCGUCCCUCGGGGCAGGGAAAGACUUUGCUGGUCUGAAGGAGCCUGGGCAGGCAGAGCAGGAGAAGAGCAGCAAGCGGCGAUCCCAUACACUGCAGAGCUUCACCAGCCCGCCCCAUUCCCGCAUCAGCGUGAAGAUCUCCCCCAAGGGCGCAACUGAUGAGAACCGGCGAGAGGCUCUGAAGAAGCUGGGGCUGCUUAAGGAAUAG